AUGUCCACCGACAGUCGCGACGCGGCCGUUCGCGAGGCAAAACGCUUCAUCCGCGAAGUUGUGCGUAACGACUGGGAAUUCGACCCCAUCUCAAAUCCAAAUGGUGUCCGUCCAUCAUCCUCUUCCUCAACCUCUUCCUCCAUCGGCACCCUGUCGCAGGGUCGGCAAGUCACCGACUGGCGCCCCCGCGAAUUCGAUAGCUCCGGCUCCGAGCUCGAGCCACAAUCUUCCGAUCAAUCUGAUGAUGACGAGUUCUCUCCAGGUGCCGCGAAGCUAGGAGGGGACCCAGUCGUCGAGCAACGGCGUCGACGCCGUCGACAGAUGGAGGAGGAGAUGGCGUGGAACGAGGGGUUGCGGAGGUGGAUCGCACAACGAAAUGCAUGGUCAGGAGCGCGGACACGGCGGCAAAUUCGCGCCAAGGAGCAGAAGCGCAAUCUAGCCGAUACGCAUAUACCAUCAAGGGACCAAACUACCGCGAAUACGACCCCUUCGGCGGAGGAGAGCGCUGAAGCGACCCUUUCUCUUGCGGAGAGAGAGAAGAUCGAGGAGCAGCAUCGUCGGCAGGAUCAAGAGGAAGAACACUCGACCGCUCCGGACGAGGAGGCCAAGCGCAAGGGCUCAACAGAGACUAGUAUCACCGAGCCAGAUCAGCAGGCACCUAGUAAGGACUCAACAAGCUCCGCGGCCAUUGACGAUUCCGAUAGCGAGGGUGAGGAUGACGAGGAGGAACUUGAGGAGCUUCUCAUCCCUGUUGCGCCGCCAUUGCUUUCACCCUCAAAUCCUAUCCGCGCAACCAUCAACCCGAGCAUAUAUCCCUCCAUAUAUACCAAGGUCGUUGUGCAAGGCAUGACGCCCACCGUGCCUGUUAACCUGGCCGAUCUCACAAAGGCAAUGGUACAAGGCUGGAAAGCAGAUGGCCAAUGGCCUCCUAAACCGGCCGUCACCUCAAUUGUCCUUGCGGAUGAUGCCUCCGUCCCAAAGACUGGGGAUGGGACGAGCGAGGGAACGACAUCGAGGCGGAAAAAUAGCAUUACGAACGCUAUGCGUAAAGUAUUUCAUAACCCCUUCCACCGCCGUGGAUCGAGCCACGACGCUAGCGUUCCAGGCAUCUGA